UCCACCAUUCUUUCCCCUUGUCUCUCAGCCAAAGUUCCACCCCCACACACACAGAGUACUGUACGAGUACUUCAACAACCUGUCGAAUGCCGGCACAGUACUCGCACAAGUAGCAUUUCCCUGUCUGGAGCCACCUCUCGACAGGAAACGGUUUCCGACCCUAUCACAUCUUGUCAGGGCCAUGUCCAUUUGGCUGGCGAAAGCCAACGAAUCAGGAUGGAGGUGUCAGACUAGGCCGUGUGUUCAUCUCCUAAUGCUUCAGGGAGAUAGGACCCAGUCUGGACAGACCCCGCUACCCUGUAGGCGAGUAAAUUCUAGACCUGACGAAUCCUGUGCCCCUCUGCUAGGGCGAAGAGGGAGUGUGCGUAACCAUACAUAAGCUCCUCUUCCUCCUUUUCUUCCGCUUCUUUCUACUCCACGAUACAGUUUUCACCUACGCUCUCUACCGGCAUUCGUUACUUUUCCUUGCUCCGAGAGCUGUUCACUUAUCUGUCUGUCUUUUUAAUUCAUUUUAAUUCCUGCUUAAUUCUCACCGCUCUCCGAGCCGAUUCCUCUCCUUCUAAAUACCUCACCUCCCCUUUACUAUUUUUUUUCUUUUUCAAUCAUGAAGUUUUCUAUCCCUAGUGCCUUCAUGGCCGCCGUGAUGGUCGCUGAGGUCGUUACUGCUGCUCCUUUGGAGGCGAGAGCACCAAAUGUCCCAUACUUCUCUGGCUUCAACAUCGGAGCCAACAAGGUGAUUUGCCCUUAUACAUGUGUCUACGUUGUUUGCUAAUGUUAUACAGCCAAAUGGUGACUGCAAGUCGACACAGGAUUGGGUUGAUGACUUUAACAAGAUCAAGUCCUGGAACUCAGAGUUCACGGCAGUCAAACUCUUCAGCACGGCUGACUGUUGGGCCCUUGCCAAUGCCGUCCCUGCAGCCAAAACGACUGGACUAAAAAUCUGGGCCGGUGUGUGGGCAGUCGACAGAGCAAAGUUUGAGAGGGAAAAGGGUGCUCUUGAACAGGCCAUUAAGGAUCAUGGCACGGAUUGGUUGGCCGGCAUAAAUGUUGGAUCGGAGUCUCUCUAUAGAAAGGAGAUCCAUCCCGGUGUUUUGGCCGAACAGAUCUGGGAUGUCAAGGGAAUGGUCCAAACUUCCCUUGGCGCUCCCCACAUUGCUGUUGGAUCUGCCGACACCUGGACCUCAUGGGUUGAUGGAAACAAUGCCGAUGUCGUCAGGGCUUGUGAUGUUUGUUACUUCCGUAUUAUGGAUUUUUCUUUCUUUUUCCUGUGCUAAUUGAAAAUAGGUUAUCGUUAUGAAUGCAUUCCCGUAUUGGCAGGGUGCUGAGGUUGAUAACGCUCAGAGUGUCUUCCAGAAGGCUAUUGACGACACCAAAGCUGUAAUCGGCGAAGGCAAGCAACUCAUCAUUGGUGAGACCGGUUGGCCUACUGGGGGCCCUGACUUUGGUUCCGCCCACCCCAGCAUUGAAAACCUCCAGAAGUACUAUAAGUCUACGGGUUGCAGUCUCCGUAAUUCCAAAACCCCCAACUUCUGGUUCAGCACGUGUAAGUUUUCCCGUAAUCGUGAUUUUUUCUUCUUUUUCUUCCAAAUGUUGAUGAAUGUGUAGUCGAUGAGCCAAACAGAGCGACCGAUAUCGAAAAGAAUUUUGGUAUUGCUACUUCCGGUAAGAUUAUCCAUCUUUCUUUUUGUUAUUACCAGUGAGUUGACAAUUCGAUAGACCGCAACCUCAAGAUCGAUAUUACCUGCUAGACGUAUUAAUACUGUUUUCUUGGUCUUUUGAAAAAAAAGUUGGGUGGGAUGUGGCGGAAGGGUUUUCUCAUUUUCAUGGUUUUUAUUCGUAUAUUGGGGGUCUCGGGUUGGCAGUGGGUCGGACUAAGGUAGUUGGACUUAAUUCAAGUCGGUUUAGGCUUAUUUUGGUUUGAUCUGUGCAUUUGAGAUUCUGUGAGUAAGCAUAUUAUGGUGUCUAGAUUGCUCGUGAUGGGUGGGUUCUCGACCUGUCUUCAUUUCAAUGCCCUAGAGCGAUUGCCCGUCAUUGGGGGCUAUUGUGAGGGCCCUUGUGAAGGGGGAGUAUUUCAGUUUGUCGAUAUCGUGUCGUAAAGGCGGAUGUCACCAAAAUUCCCACCUCGGGCACCGUAUUAUAUUCCCUUGGCCCCCGGCAAGACUUUUCCCUUUGUUUCGGUAUUCAUACGUGAGCCUCAGCCAUGAUAGCUGUCGAACGCUGUUCAUGGGCGAUCGCUCGGGACAUGCUUAUGGGGGUGUUGUCAUGUUCCCACACAUUGAGUUUGACCCACACUUUCCCGGACGACUGAUGUGGAACAAACGCGAAUCGCUGCUA